AGUCUGUGCACUUGAACUGACUUUACAGCAGUGUGGACCAGGGAGCACUCUUCCGGGAAAGCACAGCCUGGGAAGGUAGAAGAUGAGCUUCAUCUCCCGGGCAGUGCCCUUGUGCCAGUGUCCCAGCGAGGGAAGGUGGCAUUAGGCUGCCACCCGAGGAACAGCUCCGUAUGGGAGCUGUGCUGUUUCAUCACUUUGGAAGAUCCAGUCCCUCUGUGGAACUUCUAAACAUCUUUUACUAGUAGAAACAUCAUUUCCUACAAAAUGAAGUCAACAUGUUAAUUUAAACCAGCAUUUGUGUGGUUCUGACUUACCUGCUGUGGCUCAUGAAGCUUGAGGUCUAAGGGAACAGGGUCUUUUGCGAUGACAAUAUGACUAAUAGCAAAGGAAGGUCUAUUACCAGUAACAGAAGUAGUGGUCCAAGGAGUGGAGGAGGUUUUGUGGACUGGACUUUAAGCUUAAAUACCAUUCAGACUGAUAAGUUUUUAAACUUAUUGUUGAGUAUGGUUCCGGUAAUUUACCAGAAAAACCAGGAAGAGAGGCACAAAAAAGCAAAUGGCCUUUGGCAAGAUGGAUUAUCAGCUGCAGCCCAGACUUUCAGCAGUCGAUCUGAGCCACACGUGGAGUAUCACAGUUUCUCAGAGCAGCCUUUCCACAGCAGCAGUGGGCUCACGGCAUCGGGCUGCAGCCCCAAGUACGACGACUAUGCCAGCUACAGCUACUGCGACGGCAGGGACGCGGCCGAGACGGCGGCCAUGUUACAGAAUGAAGAUGCGUCCGGCGACGGGGAAGAAGAUGCUGUCGUGGACGUAAGCCAGAAGUCCCCGAAGGAGUCCAGUGGCGUCAUGGCCCUGCAGAUACUGGUGCCGUUUUUGCUAGCCGGUUUUGGGACAGUUUCAGCCGGCAUGGUUUUGGAUAUAGUCCAGCACUGGGAGGUAUUCAAAAAAGUGACAGAAGUUUUCAUUUUAGUUCCUGCACUUCUUGGUCUCAAAGGGAACUUGGAAAUGACAUUGGCAUCCAGAUUAUCCACUGCAGUAAAUAUUGGGAAGAUGGAUUCACCCAUUGAAAAGUGGAACCUAAUAAUUGGCAACUUGGCUUUAAAGCAGGUUCAAGCAACGGUGGUUGGCUUUCUAGCAGCUGUGGCAGCAGUUAUCCUGGGCUGGAUUCCAGAGGGGAAAUACUAUCUUGACCAUUCUGUACUCCUGUGCUCUAGCAGUGUGGCCACAGCCUUCAUUGCGUCUCUUCUGCAGGGAAUAAUAAUGGUCGGGGUUAUCGUUGGUUCAAAGAAGACUGGCAUAAAUCCCGAUAACGUUGCUACCCCCAUUGCUGCUAGUUUCGGCGACCUCAUAACUCUUGCCAUAUUAGCCUGGAUAAGUCAGGGUUUGUACUCCUGUCUGGAGCGGUAUUACUACAUUUCUCCAUUAGUUGGUGUCUUUUUCUUGGCUCUCACGCCCAUCUGGAUUAUAAUAGCUGCCAAACAUCCAGCCACAAGGACGGUUCUCCACUCAGGCUGGGAGCCUGUCAUUACAGCUAUGGUUAUAAGUAGCAUUGGAGGCCUUAUUCUGGACACAACUGUGUCUGAUCCAAACCUGGUGGGGAUUGUUGUUUACACACCGGUUAUUAAUGGUAUUGGUGGUAACUUGGUGGCCAUUCAGGCUAGCAGGAUUUCUACCUACCUCCAUUUACAUAGCAUUCCAGGAGAAUUGCCUGAUGAGCCCAAAGGCUGUUACUACCCAUUCAGGACUUUUUUUGGUCCAGGAGUGAAUAAUAAGUCUGCUCAAGUUCUACUGCUUCUGGUGAUUCCUGGACAUUUAAUUUUCCUCUACACUAUUCAUUUGAUGAAAAGUGGUCACACUUCCUUAACCGUCAUCUUCAUAGUAGUGUUCCUGUUUGCUGCUGUGCUACAGGUGUUUACCUUGCUGUGGAUUGCUGACUGGAUGGUCCAUCGCUUCUGGAGGAAAGGAAAGGACCCGGAUAGUUUCUCCAUCCCCUACCUGACGGCGUUGGGUGAUCUACUUGGGACAGCUCUGUUAGCUUUGAGUUUUCAUUUCCUUUGGCUUAUUGGCGAUCGAGAUGGAGACGUUGGAGACUAAUAAAUCCUACCAACUGUUCCUCAAGUUCCACAGAGGAAAACACAAGACAACCACUUAGGACUCUUUUUCAGAAAUCUUAAAUCAGUAGUUUGACUUCUACCAGGGUAAUCUUCAGUUGGCCCUGAUUCAAUUAAAUGGCCUUAACAUUUUUUUUUAAGGAAUUUGUGUUAAAACCAGAAGGAACAGUAUUUGUGCUGCUUUUCAUAGAAUAAGUGAUAAUUUGACAAUUAUGUAGACACAGGCUCAACCUCUGAAAUUAUAUAGGAAAGAGUAUAGGAUGUUUACAAUGAAUAAUUUAAAAACCACUGAUGUAGCAGAAAUAUACAUUGUUAUUGUUUAAUUUAUAAUGCCAGGUUCAAGGAAAAGAGCUCUGCUUUAGCCUCUCUUGUCUCAUAGACAAGUAGCAAAUCCUACUAUAAAAUGAAAGAGACCCAACCAAGACUUUAAUAGUUUUAACUAUGCCCACCUCGCUGCUAGCUGAGAAUAAAUGAUCAAUUACUGGCUCCCAACCUGGCUAAAUAUGUUCUGCUGAGCUGAAGAUAAACUCACUUUUCCCUGUGCCCGUGCUAAUUUAACUUCAGCUCUGUAAAGUCUUAACAGGCUACUGGUUAAACACGGAAUGACCUUGAUGGAUCUUUAAAGAAAGCAAUGGGUCAUUUUUGAUCAUCAAUUUGUUGAAAAAAUUUUAAUCUUUUUAAGAAAACUCAAUAGUGUAAAAAAAAAAAAAAACCCAGAAGAGAAAAUAAGCUGCAUUUUCAGGGACGAGAUGGUGUGAGAAAUCGUGUGAGGUGGGGCGGGGGAGAGACCGAGAGAGAGAUGUCUGAUGGGCUGAAUCUUGGAUUGUCGACAGCAAAGAUCUUAGUAGUAUUGGAAUAUUAGCGUUAUGUAGUUCUUAAACACAUGCUUUUGUCAUUUGGUCUAAAAAUUUUGCUACUGCCCAGAAUUUACUAUUUAUUACCUAUAUUAUAAUGAAUAGUUUUUUCUUAUAAAAAUAACCCCUACAAUUUAAUGUAGCCUUGGUAUUAUAAGACUUAGCAUGAACAGUGAUUCAUGUUCUCUUCCAAAGAAGUCUGUUGGAAGUUUUAGGCUUGCCAUUUUAAGAGAGAAGUUGGUGGGUUACUUCAGUUAUUGCUCAUGGCUGUAUAUAUCAUCUCUUUGCACAAACUUAUUUCUACAUGGGAAAUCUAUCAUGCACAUUGCUAUGUUUCCUAUAUAUUUUUCUAAAACCUGAUCUAUAUUCUAAAACUUGACCAACUCUUUAGUUAUUCAUUAGGUAAGCAGUUUUAUAUCACAUAUAGUUCAUUUAAAAAAUCAGUGAAAUUUCUCAAGCUCAUCAGAUAUCUAAUAAUUUAAUGGCUAAGGGGGAAAUGUACAUUAAUUUCGAUCAUUGUGGUUUAAAUUGCAAGUUAGUGUUAGCAUUAUAUAAAUAGUGCAUUGUUUAUAAACCUUGGGGUAAGUAUUCCUAUUAAACUCUUUAAAAUAAGGGGACUGUGGUGUAGAGUUCUAUAUUUUUGCUUAUUUUAAAACUUUAAUUAUUCCACUCUUCUGCCUUAUAAUGAAACUUCCAAGGCAGAGAACUGAACUAAUUAUAGAAUUUCUCCUUUGGAGAGUUAUAAUGUCAAAUAGCGAACAUUCUUUUAAAAGAAAGAAUGAUUAAGUCAAUGAAUAUUUAGCUGCAAAUAUUUUUUUAUUUAAAAAAAAUCCAUAAAUAAUUUCCUUGAUUUUAUUGUAAAGCUUUUGUAAAUUACUUAUUUACAUUUGGACUGUAUGAUUCAUAAGCAUUUAUAUUUCCUGAUAGAUUUCUAUUUUGACUUGUAACAUGAAAAAGUGCCCAGCAAACCAUGUUUUUAAAGCAGUAUUUACCAUCAUCUUUAGUGUGUUACAUAUUCUGAAGUACAUUCCAAUACACUGUAUUAGAGAGUACUCACAACAGCACCUAUAACAUAGGUCAGGGGGAUAUUCUUAUCUGCAUUUUGCAGCAGAAGAAACUGAAGUGCAGAGAAGUUACACUUCUAAAGUUGCCUGGGAACAGAGUGCCCUAAUCAGGACUAAAAUCUGGGUCUCUGGUCUCCUGAGUCAGUACUCUUUCUGUGACCCCUCAAGAGUACCUAACUAAUUAACUGACUGACUGGAAAUAGCCUGGAGCAUCCGGAUUUCCUAAAAUAGGAUAGAGUGCUGCUAUACCUUUCAGGUUGCAGACAGGGGGGAACCUUCCAUUUAAUAGAUUGUAAUGAUAAGUAUUAUCACCUCUAACUUAUCCAUGCUCCUAAGACCAAGGCAAACACUGAUGAGUGAAGACUUCAGAAAAAAGAACAAUACCUUAUUUCAUUGAACAGUUAGUUGCCACCCCCUUCCCAGAUUUAACCAUUUUCUGUAUAUGCUAAUAAGUAACUAGCGCUAUUGAUAGGAGUUCUGUUUCCUUUCUCUUUUGCUAUCCAGUCUUGAUUAUAGCAACAAAAUGUCUAAAAAGGCAUGUCAUAGGGGGAAAAAAAAUAAAGACAUGGAAAAACCAGUUACCUAUUCAAUUAAUUUAUAAGAGGGAUGUAGAUUCCUUUAAAAAUUUUUUUGCUGGUUUUCUGUAAGCCUUUACAUAAGUAUGCAACCAAUAAGAUGAUUUAUUUACCCUCAAAAUAAUUUAUUUUAAGUUUUAUAUUAUGUAAAUUGACAGUAUUUAUUUUUAUAAAAUAUAAAAAUUCCUGCUCUCUAAAGUUCUUCCUUUCACUAAUUUAUCACAUGCUUUAUUUAUACAGAAAUCAUCUUUUUUAAAAACAUAUUUUUAUUCUUGCUCACUAACCUUUUUUUUUUCUUUAAAAAAUAACUGGUAAAAUGGAAACUUGUGGUAAUGUAUCCUCUUGGAGUCAGCAAGAGUUUCGCAUCAUAGACUAUCAGUGACGUAGCCAAAAGCAGUACGUUUUUAAAAGCCUUUCAGUCAUUGGACUUCUUCGCCUUAUAAAGUAUGUAUGGUCUAGUAUACCCAUUUAUAAUGGGCAUCUGCCAUCUUUGAAUUGUUGUAAACUCAAAUAAGAAUAAAAUUUCAGAGCUAUUACCGA